AUGCCCCCAAGACGAGGUAUUGUCAAGUCGGGCAAUGCGGGAAAUUCCUCAAAGCAGUCCAAGCCUGCUGAGCCCGCGGCCCCGGAGGAGAAACCUCUAUUUCCUCCUGGUUCCAAAUAUCCUCUGAGUUUACUCCAUGAGAGGUGCCAAAAGAACGGAUGGGAAAAGCCAAUAGUUGACGCCGUGAGUCGGAGACAAGACAAUGGUUUUUCCUUCGUCGUGAUGUUGAGCCGAAUCAACAAGAGGACAUCCCAGAGAGAGUCUGUUCGGCUCGAGCCCCAUCCACUACGCGUUAUGCCGAGUGCGCUGGAAGCACGACAUUGGGGUGCGACCUACGCGUUAUACCGUUUUUGCAGCGGAAUACAAUUAAACCUUGUCUUACCUCCGGGGCCUCGCGAGUACUGGAAUGAGCUCUCCAUCGAACAUAAGAACGCCCCGGAACAUCAGAAAUGGAUGUACGAAGCCGAUCCCUUCGCAGCACGGAAGGCCGUCGAGGAGAGGCAGACCCGUGCCGCGGAGAAGCGGGAUGCGUCCGCUAAAGGCACAGAUGCCCCCAGCCGAAAUGCGCAGACAUCCAGGGAGUUCGAAAACGCACCAGAAGCGAAGAUGGCCAGCUCGCUGCGUGAGCUAGUGGAAGAUUCCAUCAAGAAGGCAAUAGCCCUUUUCCCUGAAGCAGGAGAUGCAGAGCCUUCCACGGUUCCCUCAGAUGCGGCUGCGCAAUUGCUCCAGCAAUUGACUUCGCUCGGCUUCAAACAGGCCCAGGCUCGAAAUGCGGUGGCCGCGUUGUCACAACCAUCAGCACUUGCGCAAAAUCUGUUGCGCGCCCAGCCACCGCUGCAAGCAUGCAUAGAAUUCUUGAUUCUCCAGAUUCCAGAAUGCGACCUGCCCCCGCGGUUUUUGCCAUCUAUGAACACGUAUAAUCCCUUCGUGAUGUCUGCUCAUGCGGGAACCGAUGAUCUCAAGAAGCGUUGGAUGGAAGAGAGAGCCGUCAAGGACUGUGGCUGGCCAGUACGCGCUGUUAAGGAAUGCCUCACUCAAGGACAUUUAGCCGAGAGCUGGCCUCUCCUGCUGGCUGCUCUCAAUACAAAACUAGUUGGAGAUCACUGGGCCGAUGUGGAACAGGAAUCCGUGCGCACAACUGGUCAAAUAAUCGAUAUGGACGAAGACGAACUCGAGGCUCUGGGCGCGUACAUGUCUGAACAAAAUGAGCUUACCAUUCCCCUCCCCAUUGCCCCGAUGAAGCUCGUUCUUCCUCUGCCCACAGACAGGAAAACCAUCAAGCGUGACAUCCCUCCACCCAUGUACAUUUUGUCGACCACUGUUCCUGCGUACGUGCGAUUGCAUAUAGUAUCGCAACUCAUAUGUUCUUUCAAGGAAGGCACCCUCGUUGAUCCUGGCGAGAGCUUUGUCAUGGCCGCUGUGCGAUUGGUUGAAGAAGAGUGGGUGAGAAUAGAGGAUCACGGAACACCGGACAUUUCUAUAGUGCUGCAGCAUUUGACGAGCUCGCCAGUAGCUCUACAUGAAGAGUCUUCUCCAGAAGCACCCCAGAGCUCCAGCAACGGGCAUGGCCGUAAGCGAAUGACAGGCGUACGUCGAGACGACCGCACCAACGCUCGCGUGAAAGAAGAAUUCUUGGCACUCUGCCAAAGUCAGAAAUAUACAGAGAUGCUGGAAUCUCGAAAGAAACUUCCUGCGUCUGCUUCUGAAAAUAAAUUCCUCAAGCUCCUGGACAAACAUCGAUGUGUUGUCGUUGUAGGAGAAACAGGAUGCGGGAAAACCACACAGCUACCACAAUUCGUGCUCGACUCGAUGAUCCUGAGUGGACAAGGGUCGGAAGCAUCCAUUAUUGUCACACAACCGCGCCGAUUGUCCGCGAUUGGUGUUGCUGCGCGAGUCUCUGCGGAACGUCUGGAUGACGGCUCGGUAGGAUAUGCCAUCCGGGGAGAAAGCAAACAAGACAAAAGGACGAAACUUCUCUUCUGCACCACCGGUGUCGUAUUGCGGCGGUUAGGGGCUGGGGAAAGACUAGCCCAUGUCACACACGUCAUCGUAGACGAGGUUCACGAACGGUCAGUGGACGGUGACUUCCUUCUGUUAGAGCUCAAAGAGCUAUUGCGUACGCAUCCAAAGCUGAAGGUUGUUCUAAUGUCCGCCACAAUCAACCAUGAGGUCUUCGUGAAGUACUUUGACAGCGCGCCAUUGCUCUCAAUUCCAGGGUUCACCCACCCUGUAGAAGACAGAUACCUCGAAGAUAUUUUGCCUUUGAUCGACUAUCGUCCCGCGACAUCUAAUCGCUUUGUGAAAGGACGGGAUGCAGAGGAAGAAAGCAAGCGUCUGCAAGAGGAACUUAACAGCCGAGGACUCGAUGACGAUUCAGUGAAAGCCAUCCAGAAGAUUAGCCGGUCCGAUAGAAUUGACUUCGAUCUCAUAUCUGCCGUCGUUGAACACAUCGUUUCCACGGCACAGAAACGAGGUGCAAUCUUAAUCUUUCUCACUGGAGUGCAGGAGAUACGGCAGUGUAUGGAGAGGCUAAGUAAUAUUCCAAGAGCCAAGAUUUUUCCACUUCAUGCGAAUUUGUCGAGUGACGAGCAACGCCGCGUAUUUUCUCACACGUCGGAGUGGAAAAUAAUCGCGGCCACUAACGUAGCCGAGACAUCUAUUACCAUCGACGAUGUCAUCUAUGUCAUUGAUGCAGGGAAAGUAAAGGAGACGCACUAUGACCCCGAAGUAGGUCUAACGAGGCUGGACGAACAAUGGGUGACUCGUGCCGCUGCUAAGCAAAGACGGGGACGUGCAGGACGAACUCAACCUGGCGUGUGCUACAAACUCUACACCAGACGGCAGGAGUCCAAAAUGGCACCGUUCCCAGUCCCCGAGAUCAAACGAGUUCCCUUGGAGAGCAUCGCACUCACAGUCAAAGUUGUACACAAGGAUGUGAAGUCAUUCCUGUCUCGCGCUCUCGACCCACCGGAGAUCUCAGCUGUCGAUCACGCUCUUUAUGUCCUAGAGGAGCUUUCAGCCAUAAAUCAAGAUGGGGAGCUGACGCCUCUGGGGCGACACAUGGCAAUACUCCCAGUUGAUCUCAGGCUCGGAAAGAUGCUGAUUCUUGGCACCAUAUUCCAAUGCUUGGGACCGAUGCUUACAGUAGCGGCGUGCUUAUCAUCCAAACCUAUCUUCAUGAGUCCUAUGGACAAGCGGGACGAGGCGACACGUGCCCGUGCACGGUUUGCGACAGGUAAUAGCGACCUGUUGACCGACGCACACGCAUACGAUGAAUGUAUGCGCCUACGCUCGGAAGGCAAGUCACAAGGUGCCCUGCGCGCGUUCUGCGAGGAGAAUUUCAUCUCUCCGACGACUGUUCGCGAUAUAACGUCAUUACGACAAGACUUUCUUGCCUCCCUGUCCGAACUCGGCUUUGUACCCAGCUCGUCCAAGCCCUCAGACCCAGAACUCAAUGUCAACAGCGCGAACGAGAAUCUGCUCAAGGCCGUAAUCCUGGGCGGCUUCUGGCCCCGGGUCGCUCGCGUCCACCUUCCGAAGUCUGCCAUCAAGUUCGACCGCGUGCAGGCGGGCACAAUCCAACGCGAGAACACCGCGAAGGAGUACAAGCUCUAUGACCUAAAGGAGGGCCGCGUGUUUCUGCACCCCGGAUCAAUCCUGUUUGGCGAGUCAGCCUGGAAGUCGCCGUUCGUCACGUACUUUGCGAAACAUGCCACCACCAAGGUGUUCUUGCGCGAUGCAACGGAGGUCCCAAUCUAUGGCAUGCUGCUUUUUGGAGGAGCCGUGUCUGUGAACCACAUCGGCGGAGGAUUGACUGUCGGAAGCAAAGACGCGGUAGUCAAGCUGAAAGCGUGGCCGCGCAUCGGCGUGCUGGUCAACCAGCUGCGCCACCUCUUGGACGCACAGCUCAAGCUGUGCAUCGAAGAGGGAACAAUUCUUGGUGUAGGACAGGCAAACCCUGUGAUGCGUGCAAUCCUGGCAUUGGUAGAGCACGAUGGACUGACACAGUAA